CCUCAUCCAGUGGUUGUCAAACUUGAGCACGUUAGAGAAUCACCUGCUGCACCCCUAGAAUUUCUGAUUCAGUAGGUCAAAGGUGUCCCUGAUAAUCUGCAUUUCUUACAAGUUCCCAGGUGAUGCGAAUGCUGCUGGUCCUGGGACCACACUUUGAGAAACUUUAGCCUAGACCAUCAUCCUUGUAUCAGUGUUCUGAAGCCACUCAUUCUAAUUUUUCAUCUCCAGCAAAAUGAUAAAAAGGAAAGUCUCUGUUGAUGGGGAAAGGUCUCCUUUACACUCCCAUGCGAUUAUGGGUGAAGACCUAUAAGAGCCUGAGAGUCAAAGAGCCUUGAAGGGAUGGAAUGAUGACAGGAAGGGGAGAAGGAAAAUGAAAUGGCCAGGGAGGAGGAGUGCAGAAAUACAGGACUGGCAGGACAGGCAAAUCUCAUAUCCUUUUGCACCUGAGAGGGGAAGGCUCGGGCAAUAGGAUACUUCUGUGUUGGGUCAUCUGAUAUAGGAAAGGGGAGUGGGUGGCGUGAUGGACUCAAGAUUUCACCUCAGCUGGGGCGCGAGGGCUAGGGGGCAGAAGGGGAAAGGCCACAGUGGUCUGCUUUGUGGUGUCUGCCUCCUUCAUUAUCUUUUCUGAGUUUCUUCAUCUCAACCGCAACUUUGGAGACUUGACUCUUCUUCACCUGGUUCCUCUCUCACUGGGUUUGUAGUGACCAGUGCUGAGCUCACCCUCUGGCACUGCUCCAAAACCUCUUGCAACCUCUUACUCUUGGUGUCAUCAGCUGAGGGUGGGCAGGAAGGAAAUGGUGUCUCAGACCAGUGGCAAAGAACGGCCUCCACAGCCUGGACAUGGAGAAGACACAGACGUGGGGACAGAAAUUUGAGGCCCUAGAAGGAAGGAAAGAGGGUGAUCUUGCAUCUAAGAAGAGCAUGCUGCCAGUGAACCAAAAAAGAGGGACUCAGGGUUCCAUUCCUGGCUUAGAUGGAUGACUGACUGUGUUCUUGGAGGCCUUUCCUUCAGAGAGGUCAUCCUGGAACUGAGUACAGGGCUGGUCUGCCAUGACCUUUGACAGACACCUGCCUAAACAAGUGCAGCUCACGCUUCCUGCUCUCUUAAGGCUGAAGAUGGAAACAUCGAAUAUAAACUGAAGCUGGUGAAUCCAUCCCAGUAUCGUUUUGAGCACCUGGUGACCCAGAUGAAGUGGCGGCUCCAGGAGGGCCGUGGUGAGGCCGUCUACCAGAUUGGGGUAGAGGACAAUGGGCUGCUGGUGGGGCUGGCUGAGGAGGAGAUGCGGGCUUCCCUCAAGACCCUGCACCGGAUGGCAGAGAAAGUCGGGGCAGACAUCACUGUUCUCCGGGAGCGAGAAGUGGACUACGAUAGCGACACACCCCGGAAGAUCACCGAGGUGCUAGUACGAAAGGUUCCUGACAACCAACAGUUCCUGGACCUCCGUGUGGCUGUCCUGGGGAAUGUGGACUCAGGGAAGUCAACUCUGCUUGGAGUCCUGACCCAGGGAGAGCUGGACAAUGGGCGGGGCCGGGCUCGGCUCAACCUUUUCCGCCACCUGCAUGAGAUUCAGUCCGGCCGGACCUCCAGCAUCAGCUUCGAGAUCCUGGGCUUUAACAGCAAGGGAGAGGUGGUGAAUUACAGCGACUCACGGACGGCAGAAGAGAUCUGUGAGAGCAGCUCCAAGAUGAUCACCUUCAUCGACCUGGCAGGCCACCACAAGUACCUGCACACCACCAUCUUCGGCCUCACCUCCUACUGCCCCGACUGCGCCCUGCUCCUCGUCAGUGCAAACACUGGGAUCGCUGGCACUACACGGGAACACCUGGGGCUGGCACUGGCCCUGAAAGUGCCCUUCUUCAUCGUGGUCAGCAAGGUGGACCUGUGUGCCAAGACCACCGUGGAGAGGACAGUACGCCAGCUAGAGCGGGUCCUCAAGCAGCCUGGCUGCCACAAGGUUCCCAUGCUGGUCACCUCCGAGGACGAUGCCGUUACUGCUGCACAGCAGUUUGCCCAGUCCCCCAACAUCACCCCUAUCUUCACACUGUCCAGCGUGUCUGGAGAAAGCCUGGACCUGCUCAAAGUCUUUCUGAAUAUUUUGCCUCCACUCACCAAUAGCAAAGAGCAGGAGGAGCUCAUGCAGCAGCUGACAGAGUUCCAGGUGGAUGAAAUCUACACGGUACCAGAAGUGGGCACAGUUGUUGGAGGAACGCUUUCCAGUGGGAUUUGCCGUGAGGGGGACCAGCUGGUGGUGGGCCCCACGGAUGACGGCUGCUUCCUGGAGCUCAGAGUUUGCAGCAUCCAACGCAACCGCUCUGCCUGUCGUGUGCUGCGAGCUGGUCAGGCCGCUACGCUGGCCCUCGGGGACUUUGACAGAGCUCUCCUUCGCAAGGGCAUGGUGAUGGUGAGCCCAGAGAUGAAUCCCACCAUCUGCUCAGUGUUCGAGGCAGAGAUAGUCCUGCUGUUCCAUGCCACCACCUUCCGGCGAGGCUUCCAGGUGACAGUUCAUGUGGGCAACGUACGCCAGACAGCAGUGGUGGAGAAGAUCCAUGCCAAGGACAAGCUGCGGACAGGGGAGAAGGCAGUGGUACGUUUCCGCUUCCUGAAACACCCAGAGUACCUGAAGGUGGGCGCCAAGCUGCUGUUCCGGGAGGGUGUCACCAAGGGCAUCGGCCAUGUCACCGAUGUGCAAGCCAUUGCAGCAGGAGAGGCCCAGGCCAACAUGGGCUUCUGAACUCCAAGCGGGCACAGCUCUUCUGCUGUCCCUACAAUACAAAAGGUGACUUCCGGCCAUGCUGCCCCCCACGCUGGCGGCUCUGUGUGUUAGUAGGCUAGAGAGAGGGGGCUGUCCGCUGCCUGCUCCCUGCCACCUUUUCUGGAGACAUGCCAAUCUAGGUAUGACCAGGGAGGGGCAGUCAGUCGUGAGGGAGAAGACAGGAGAAUUCAGAGCAGUGCUCAGCAGCCUAGUGUUCACCUGGUUGGCUCACCAAGCCUGGCAACCCUGUGGCCUGUCUACCAGAGGGAGCUGACCACCGCCACACCGGCCCCACUGUCAGGACUGGGCAUGAUCCACUGGUGUGGUCCCUGCACGUCAGGAAUUGUCACAACUACUGGGGGUGGUCCUCGAAAGCUCUCCUUUUUCUAUACCUCUUCUCAAGGCCAUGUAAGUUGCCCACCUCUACUUGACUGUGGACAAAAGACCUCUGCUCCGGGCCAUCCGGUGGCCCAGGGUCUGAAGAAAAGGCACAGGGACAGUGAAGGCAGAGCUCCCACCCUGUGCCAAGACACAAGGCCAGCUCCUCGGCUUUCUCCCCCUUCCCUUCUUCACUCAAGGGCCACGUCCCCGGUUUCUCCUCUCAAAGGCCCCACAGGUGCUAUUUGUUGUGCUGGCCCAGGUGUGGGGCCGCCAAGCUAAGACUUGGCCAACCGAAGGCCAGCUGCAUGUCAGUAAGUCUUGUCCCUGCCUCCGCAGUGAUCUGUUGAUUUUAACGCUGGAUCAACCAGGAUGUUUUACUUUCCCUGACCACAGCUCCCCGUCCCACACCCUCACCUCCCCUCUGGCCCCGUGUAAGUCCUCUCUUGUUUUAGUUGUUUGCAGUGAGCAUCCCUUUCCCUCUGUUGCAGGGAACCUGGAGGAAAGGGAAAGAUGUUGCCAUAUUUCCUACUCCUUAGGGCAUGGAUUCCCUCCUUUCCCUUUGUUAGUGUCCUGGGUUCCCAUGGACUCAGGGAUUUGGUUGAGGUUUCUCUGCAUAUAUAAAUAUAUAUAUAUACAUACAUACAUAUAUUUAAAUACACAUAUAUAUAUUGUACAGAAUAAAAAUGUUUUAUUGAA